ACCAAAAACCUGGAACCCGACAUGUUAACUCCGUUGAUCCCCAAAAGCCCAACAUCCCAGCAACACAAUCACCACCUACCAGAAGAAGAUGAAGAAGAACAAGAACAACCACAAACACGAACAGAGACACAAACAGAUGAUGAAAAGCCAACCACUACUACUUGUACUACGACCCACCUUUCGCUUGCCAUUAAGGAAGCCAAGUCCAUAGCCAACAUAGCUUUUCCCAUGAUACUAACAGGUCUCUUACUCUACUCUCGUUCCAUGAUUUCCAUGCUCUUCGUCGGUCGCCUCGGUGACCUUGCCUUGGCCGGAGGUUCACUCGCCAUUGGCUUUGCUAACAUCACCGGUUACUCCAUACUCUCUGGCCUUGCCAUGGGAAUGGAACCCAUUUGUGGGCAAGCCUUCGGUGCUAAAAGGCACACUCUCCUCGGUCUCGCCUUGCAGAGAACUGUGCUCCUCCUUCUGGUCUCCUCAAUCCCCAUCGCCUUCCUUUGGGUGAAUGUGGAGAGAAUUCUCAUCUAUUUCGGCCAACAGACUGACAUAGCCAGGGAAGCCCAAUCCUACAUUCUGUAUUCUCUUCCGGACCUACUCGCCCAAUCACUCCUCCACCCACUUCGAAUUUACCUCCGAAGUCAAUCCAUCACACUGCCUCUAACUUGCUGUGCCACCCUCGCAAUCCUUUUACACAUACCCAUUAAUUACUUUCUUGUUUUUGUACUCAAACUUGGUAUCAAAGGCGUAGCUUUGAGCGGCGUUUGGACCAAUUUCAACCUGGUUGGGUCUCUGAUCGUCUAUAUCUACAUUUCGGGAGUAUACAAAAAGACCUGGGGAGGUAUCUCCUGCGAAUGUAUCAAGGGCUGGAAAUCACUCCUCAAUCUGGCCAUUCCAAGCUGCAUUUCAGUCUGUCUCGAAUGGUGGUGGUACGAAAUCAUGAUUGUGUUAUGUGGGUUAAUGUUGAAUCCCAAAGCAACAGUGGCUUCCAUGGGUAUACUGAUUCAAACAACCGCGUUAAUCUACAUAUUCCCAUCUUCGCUAAGCUUCAGCGUAUCCACAAGGGUGGGUAAUGAAUUGGGUGCGAACCGGCCAAAAAAAGCAAGACUUGCAGCCAUCGUUGGGAUCACUUGCAGUUUCUUUUUGGGGUUUUUGGCAUUGAUGUUUGCUGUGACGGUGAGAUCAGUAUGGUCAAGAAUGUUCACAGAUGACACAGAGAUCAUCGUCUUAACGUCCUUAGUUUUGCCCAUAAUCGGAUUGUGCGAACUUGGUAACUGUCCGCAGACAACCGGGUGUGGAGUAUUGAGAGGAACUGCGCAACCAAAGGUGGGAGCAAAUAUCAAUCUGGGUUCGUUCUAUCUGGUCGGAAUGCCGGUAGCAGUGGGAUUGGGGUUCUUUGCUGGUUUCGACUUUAAGGGGCUAUGGUUGGGGCUUUUAGCCGCACAGUUGUCGUGCAUGAUGAUCAUGAUGUUGGUGUUGGGUAGAACUGAUUGGGACCUGCAAGCCAACAAGGCACAAACGCUGACCGGAGCUGCUGAAAGUGAAGAUGAUGAUCAAGAAGUUAUAGAUUCCUCAUCCAAUAUUAUAAAAAUAAACGAAUUACCAGUUUAAUUUUUAAUCUCUUAAUUUAAUUU